AUGCUCUUUCCUGCCCUCAUCUUCCCUUCUUCAGACAAUGGACCAUUCCGAAAUUUCCGACUGCCCCAGGACACUCCAGUGACGCCACCCUUGGCAAUCCAGAGGAAUUUCACGUUCCCCAUGGUAGCAGGGUCUCCUACGGAAUCUGGCAUGUCUUCUCCUGCAUCGUACCUGCUGGAGGAGUCCAGUGAUGACACCAAUAUGUCCAGUGAGGAGACAGCCCAGCUGCAGAAGUACACUGCCCUGAUGCAGGAGAAGUGUCGCAUCCUGCAGGACCAGAACACUUUCCUAAACGGGGAGGUACACAAAUUGUCACGCCUACGGCAACAGGAGCAGCUCAAAUCUCGACAACAGCAUGCGAAGAUCCGUAGUCUGGAAGCCCAGCUGGAUGAGUAUAAGAGAGACUACGUGUACCUGCUGCAGGGGUGCAUACACCUCCCACCCGAGGACCCGUUUGACUGUAUGGAGAUCAGGGCAUAUGGAGGGGACAAGCACUAUGAAAGGUUGGAAGCCAUGUUAGAAGAAGCGAGAACCAUUAACCCAACACUACCAACAUUUGACAGGUCAGGCAAGGUUGCCACUCACACCGACAGUUAUGGUUUCAUCCACACCCUGCACAAUGAGGCUAUCCAGCUCCACUACAUCUGCAGGCAGCUCACACAACAUUACAGGUCACAAAUAAAGAGUUAUGAAAAGCACCAGACCCAGUGGACUGAUUAUCUCAAGGCACACAGGCAGGACCUGCAGAAAACUAAAGAGUUGAAGGUGUUGGUGAGGGACGGUAUCCCUGACCAGUACCGCAGCGAGGUGUGGCAGAAGUUUGUCCACAUACAAACACAGGACAUCGAGGAACAAAAGGGCCCAGGGUAUUAUGAUGACCUGGUGACAUUGUCAGAGCAGUCUGUGAUAGUGUCGCAGCACAAGAAGCAGAUAGAGUUAGACCUCCUCAGGACCAUGCCAUGUAACGAGCACUUCAACCAGCUGGACGCUGAUGGGAUCAGCAAAUUGAGAAACAUUCUGCAGGCGUACUGUCUCCACAACCCCAACAUCGGGUACUGCCAGGGGCUGAACUUCAUGGUGGGCAUGAGUCUACUCUUCCUGGAGGAGGAGGACGCUUUCUGGUUCCUGGUAGCUGUGACAGAGAAGUACUUCAGUAUCAACUAUUUCGACAAGAACCUGGUGGGCGCCCAAGCAGACCAGGAGGUGUUAAAGGAGCUGGUCUCUGAGAUAAUGCCUCGCCUGCGUGACCAUCUGGAGGUGCUGGGUAUCCUCCUGUCUACCGUCACCCUCAACUGGUUCCUUGCUCUCUUCUUUGAUUCUGUGCCAUUUGAGACUCUGCUGCGAAUCUGGGACUGUUUUCUUGUGGAAGGUCCAAAGGUGCUGUUCAGGUUCUCGCUGGCCAUCCUAAAGCUUCACGAGGAGGCCAUCCUGUCCCGGGAGGACAGCCUGUCCGUCAUGAAGUACAUGAAGUCCAUGGCCAAGGUCACGUAUGAUGUGGAGGGGCUGGCUCUGAUUGCUUUUGAAGGUCUCCAGCCGUUCCCUCGGCGAGCCAACAUCCAGACCAAGCAGGCGUACUACAGACAGACCAUCAAGGACUCCUUCUCAAGGCAGGAGAAGUACAGGGAGGCUGAGGAUGAGAGAGACAGACUGCUGGAUCAGAUGCGCCAGCUGGAACGGUCCAUGGGAGAGGGUCAGCUGAUGGUGGAGUGUGCCGCUGCCACUACACAUGGUAAAGCCUGGAUGUGUGCCUGUGAACACAACAGUGCAGAGAUCUGUGAGGUGGACGCAGGCACCUGCACCAUGCAGAAUAUGGACAUCUUGGUUGACUCCCGUGUGAUGUGCUGCCAUGGCCUCCAGUUGGAGAGUGGUGGAACUAUGCUGGUCGGCACGUUGAACUCACAUCUGUAUGCUUACAGCACAGCCUCAAAACUGGAGGUGUGGAGAAUGAAGCUGAACGACACUGUGCUGGAUCUGGCAGUUCCUCCCUCAAACACACACGUGUAUGCUGCCCUGGCUGAUGGGCAUAUUGCUGUUAUGGAGGACUUGGGUGUGCGGGGUCCAGUGACAGAGCCGGUGUACAUCCCAGUAGGCAGACACCCGGUCACCUGUGUGGCCUUGGUGGAAGACCAACUGUGGUGCACAUGUGGCAACAGGGUGGCUGUGCUCAAUGCUAACUCCCUGGAUUCCCUGGUGGUGUUCCAAGUCUCCCUGGAUGGAAGCGACCACAUCUCCCACCUGGUGAGGGGGGAGCAGGGUGUGUGGGUGUCCAUCCGGGGAUCGUCCAUUGUUGAGCUGUGGGACACGCAGACCUUCACAUGCUCCAUCCUGUAUGAUGUCAGCACCAACUCCCACACCACAUCCAAAAAUUGGGAGGAAUGCCAUUUCAAUGCAUCAAGGGUCACAGCAAUCCUCUCCUACAGGAAGGAAUUGUGGGUAGGGACAGGUGCAGGAGAUGUCAUUGUUUACGAUGUCAUCGACCCUGAGGUCACACCUGCCCAGGAUCAGCCCGGCUCGCAGCGCCUUGGCGACGAGACGAUUUCCCAAGCGAGCCUCGCUAGACGGCGAAUCUCCAGCACAAGACGCUUCUCAAACGAAGAGUUGUUGAACAGCAUGUCUGAGGAUCUGGAGUUAGGAAGUGAGGCAGUCAGUGGGUGGACGGUGGAUGGUACCUCCAUCACCAAAGUGGAUGUCAACCACUCACAAAGUGAUGAGAUAAGCAGAAAUGGUGACGCUGAGUGCACGCAAGUUGAUGAUGUAAUCAGAGAAAGUGUUGCCUGUGAUGAAUCAAGUGCAAUAUAUAGGGAACCGACGACUGAAGAAUCCAGUGUUCUAGCGCAGCUUCUGAAGGAAGCAAACUUGACUGUCGAGUCCAAUGGGUCUUUGAGUCCAGCAAAGGAAGUAAAUACGAAUGCCCACAGGCUGAGCCAGGCAUUCUCAGAGGCAGAGUCCUCACUGUCUUCCCAGAGGAACAGUAGAACUUACUCCACUUCUAGUGGGUAUGGAACAAAUGACAAUGGCUUCCUCCAGUUCACGCUUGAAACCGAGCAAGAUGACUCACCAGAUGUCCCCAAUGGCAUCAGCAGUAAGGAUGACACCCUUAGCGUUCCUGUUGUCCCAUCCACUACACGGAGGAUGUCAACCAUUGAGCAAGUACCACUGGAAAUGACACCCCUUGGAUCUGAAGACAACGAGGAUGACUUCUUCUGUGACAACAUUCCAGUCAGUAGUUUCAAACACAAAGGACCUGUGAGCUUCAGCACGACUCAGUCCAACCACGUCAACCAGUGCGACCAACAGGACAGCUUCAGGAGAAGCCCUGAAGGAAGAAGAAAGAGCACUAGUGUUCUAGAGUCUGAAACAAAUGUCGCAGAGCCUGUGCAGAACAAUGUUCGACGGUCGUCCCUGAUGGACCUGUGGUCUGGUCUGAUUGACAGUAAGCCAGAUUCUAGUCAUCCGCCUCCCCAGAAACAGCCUGUAGUAGACGUUCAGCAAAGCUACAUGAUGCUACGGUCUGCUGAGAUGGCAUCCCCUCAGCAGUCAUUGGACAGUCACACGGAUUCUGAUGGGAAACCAGAGAGAGGUACAUGUACAGAAAUGUCAGCAAUCCCCUACCACAUGCGCAACAAGAGCAUGAACUCUAGCCGGGGGUCAUGGUGCAUCAUCGAUGAACCGGACAACGAGCCGCCGCCGCCAGUUCCACUAGGGGACCAGGCAGUUGCUGACUACUACACAGGGGAAAGUAAAGAUCGGCUGAGUGUGGAAGCUUCCAGGGAAAGUUCAGUAUUCUCCAGCAGGGAGGACCUGACCUUCCAGUAUGACUUGAGACUGAAGAGCAAGACGAGAGUAUCAGAUCGCCCUAUCAGAGCCCUGGUGGUAGUUUGUGGUGACCAGGAGGACACAGUGAUCCUCAGCUGUGCGGGGAGCCUGGGGGAACAGUGUACUGUGCUGAAAUGGACACGGCAUGAUCAGGUCUGGACCAGUGAAGCUGUUAGGGAAGUACCACCACUCUUCAGCAAGACAACUACAGCAUCUGCAUUGACGGAGUCAAAUGAACAUUUCUCCAGCAUUUCUGGGGACCACCUUGAGCAGGUCACUCUCCUGUGAUCAGAUAACACUCAUCAUUAUGAGUGUGCUCCACGAGGCACUGCCAGUGAAGAGUUGUAAAAGUUAUAUCGAUGAUCUAUAGAUAAUUGUAACAGUUGUGAAAACUAAAUAUUUCAGUUUUGAUAAUACACUUAGUUUACAUGCACUUUUACAGUACUGUACUGUAAAUAAAAUCUUUUAGCCACAAUGCUCAUUCAGAAACUCAGUUACAGUAUUAGUUUUUGAAAGAGUAUUGUAUUGUACCUUCUAGAACAAAGG